UCACCCACCACCACCACGAACUUUGAAACUUUCAAACUGAUCUCAAUAAUAUAAAAAAUGCUGACUGGACAACAAUAUGGCUACCGUCUUGGAUAUGAAUGUUCAUUCUUGCACUAGAGUUGGUUGUGAAAAUCAAUCUAAACUUCAGUGUCCGACCUGCUUGAAGCAAGGCAUCGAAGGAAGUUAUUUUUGCUCACAGGAGUGCUUUAAGAAGGCAUGGAAUGAACACAAAAAAAAGCACAAAAAAACAGGCAAUAAAGUAUCUUCUUAUAAUCCAUGGCCAGGCUAUAGGUUCACUGGCACUAUACGACCUGCAAAAUUGAGUGAAAGAAGAGAGGUUCCCAUUCAUAUAGAACGACCAGACUAUGCUGAGACAGGCAAUCCUAUAAGUGAAAUGGAACUUCGUGGUAACACAAUGAUCAAAAUACUGAAUAAUGAAGAAAUCAGUGGCGUGCAUCUCGCUUGCAAGUUAGGAAGAGAAGUUCUUGAUGAAGCAGCAAAAGCUGUAAAAGUCGGUAUAACAACAGAUGAAAUUGACAGAAUUGUUCACGAGGCAUGUAUCGAGAGAGAUUGUUAUCCAUCGCCCUUGAACUAUCAUGGAUUUCCAAAAUCGUGUUGUACCUCAGUAAACGAAGUCAUUUGUCAUGGUAUACCUGAUGCAAGACCUGUACAAAAUGGAGAUAUUUUAAAUAUUGACAUCUCAGUUUACCACAAUGGUUUCCAUGGUGAUCUGAACGAGACGUUAUUUGUUGGCGAAGUUGAUGAGGGAAGCAAGAAGUUGGUUAAAAUUACACACGAGUGUCUGCAAGAAGCAAUCAAAAUAGUUAAACCUGGUGUUCGCUACAGGGAGAUUGGUAACGUAAUUCAAAAACAUGCAAAUAGUAAUGGUUUUUCAGUUGUUAGAACAUAUUGUGGUCAUGGCAUACACAGAUUAUUUCACACAGCACCAAAUGUUCCUCAUUACUCAAAAAACAAGGCUGUUGGUGUGAUGAAGAAAGGUCACGUGUUCACAAUCGAACCAAUGAUUAACGAAGGUACAUGGCGUGAUGAUGUAUGGCCAGAUAACUGGACAGCGGUCACCCAAGAUGGUAAAAGAUCGGCACAGUUUGAACAAACGCUACUUGUCACCGACACAGGAUGUGAUAUACUGACAAGAAGACUGGACUCAAAUGGUGCACCAUACUUUGAAACACAAAUAUCGACCAUCACAUGAUAACAUUAUUGUAACAUUCUAGAAUUAAAGUAAUGGAUAAAUAGCAAUACAAUGACCUCCCCAGCGAUCAUAUCAUUAACUACUAACACCCCUUCGGAAUUUUCGUUUGCUUUGUAGAAGUUAAAGAUACGAAAAGAAGUGUUUUCUGACUUCAUUUCUUAUCUAAAAUGCCUUGAUUUUUAAAGUUUCUUUAUAAAUCAAAAGUAACCAAAAAGAAGAAAGCAUUGGGCUCAUUUUCAUUUGCUCAAGGGGGAGAUUAAGUCAAUUAGGAUACUCAACCCAAACUAUUUUACCCACCCAAAGCUAUUUCUUCUAAGACCUCAACAUUUGUACAGUAUAUAUUUUCAACAUGACAGAAAUUUUUCAGAAUGUGAUAAUGACUCCAGAAAAAAAUAUAUUGUACAGCAGUAAAGUUACGAUAUCGUUUAUAGACGACCUGCUUCACUGUACUUAAGAUUCCAUUUUCUGAAUGUCAUUGAAACGCAACCACCGUUCGUAAACUAAACGAAAAAGAUGUAAAAAUAGUUAAUCAUAAGCGAGUUAUCACGGAAACUUAAUUCUCAUGUUUUUAUUGGAAGCGAUUUGAUGUUGAAAAUUGAGUCGAUAUCACUGAAAGUUCGGUUUAGUGUCGUAAGAAGUGAUGUGAUAUUAAAACUUGAAUCUUUAUAUA